AUGGUUGAGCCCUUUUUGGGAACCUGGAAGCUGGUCUCCAGUGAAAACUUUGAGGAUUACAUGAAAGAACUGGGAGUGGAUGUUGCAGCUCGGAACGCGGCAGGGUUAGUGAAGCCAACCGUCAGUAUUAGUGUCAAUGGGGAAAAGGUGAACAUCAGAACAGAAAGUUCUUUCAAGAACACUGAGAUCUCCUUCAAGCUGGGGGAAGAAUUUGACGAAACCACAGCAGACAACCGGAAAGUGAAGAGCAUCAUAACAUUAGACAGUGGCUCAAUGAUUCAGGUCCAAAAAUGGCUUGGCAAAGAGACAACAAUCAAAAGAAAAAUUGCAGAUGGAAAAAUGGUAGUGGAAUGCAUCAUGAAUAAUAUUGUCAGCACCAGAAUCUAUGAAAAGGUGUGA